UAUUGUUUCAACUUGACUGGAGUAGGGGGGGGAUAAGUCUACUCCUACUGCCAAACAGCAGCUUUGCGAUCGGAGAAGAGUGUGUGAGUCGACGGUGCUGCUGGCACACAUAGAUCAUACAUACUCCCCGUAGUUUGCUGCUUCUCGUCUACGGAACGGAUCCGUUUUUGAGAUCAAGAACAAGUUCGUAUUUCAUGGCCAAGGAUCAGCACUUGCGACCUUGGUUUCUGGAUCUAGUGCCAGCUUUGGUUAUUUUCCUCGCCGCAGCUCAUGUCAUCGCAUUGGGUUACUGGAUUUACAGAUUAGCUACUGAUCGUCGACCUCAGAGAGGUAAAUUUCACUGAAGAUACAUCGUACAUCCCACUAGGUACCCUUCCUUCUUCAGUGGGGUUUCACACGUUGUCUGAGGGUCCCAAGAGAACCGACUAGAAGAUGUAACCAAGCGUAGAAAAUUGUCAUCGAAAACCCAAUUUAUCUGGCUGGAAAAAUGGUAUUCAGUAGUUAGCUUUUCAAAACAAACAUCACAAUGUGGAAUUGUAUAGCUUGUAAAAGUCCUUUUUUUUAAAAAAAAAAAAAUCCCUCUAGAAGAUUUAAAUGACUUUAAUCACAAAAUCAAGUAUCUUCAUUUGUUUCUUUGUUCACAUGUCAUGUUUCUUUAAUCAGUUCAUUGAUUUUGUUAGUUCUCUGUUUCUGCUUGUAGAGCUUGCUAUUAUGUGACAACUCUUAUAAAAGCUUCAAUUAGCUGGCACAGGUUAUAAACUCC